AUGCGGGGGGCGGCGCGGGGGGGGGGGGGGGGGGGGGGGGGGGGGGGGGGGGGGGGGGGGGGGGGGGGGGGGGUGGGGGGGGGGGGGGGGGGGGGGGGGGGGGGGGGGGGGGGGGGGGGGGGGGGGGGGGGGGGGGGGGGGGGGGGGGGGGGGGGGUGGGGGGGGGGGGGGGGGGGGGGGGGGGGGGGGGGUGGGGGGGGGGGGGGGGGUGGGGGGGGGGGGGGGGGGGGGGGGGGGGGGGGGGGGGGGGGGGGGGGGGGGGGGGGGGGGGGGGGGGGGGGGGGGGGGGGGGGGGGGGGGGGGUGGGGGGGGGGGGGGGGGGGGGGGGGGGGGGGGGGGGGGGGGGGGGGUGGGGGGGGGGGGGGGGGGGGGGGGGGGUGGGGGUGGGGGGGGGGGGGGGGGGGGGGGGGGGGGGGGGUGGGGGGGGGGGGGGGGGGGGGGGGGGGGGGGGGGGGGGGGGGGGGGUGGGGGGGGGGGGGGGGGGGGGGGGGGGGGGGGGGGGGGGGGGGGGGGGGGGGGGGGGGGGGGGGGGGGGGGGGGUGGGGGGGGGGGGGGGGGGGGGGGGGGGGGGGGGGGGGGGGGGGGGGGGGGGGGGGGGGGGGGGGGGGGGGGGGGGGGGGGGGGGGGGGGGGGGGGGGGGGGCGGGGGGGGGGGGGGGGGGGGGGGGGGGGGGGGGGGGGGGGGGGGGGGGGGGGGGGGGGGGGGGGGGGGAGGGGGGGGGGGGGGGGGGGGGGGGGGGGGGGGGGGGGGGGGGGGUGGGGGGGGGGGGGGGGGGGGGGGGGGGGGGGGGGGGGGGGGGGGGGGGGGGGGGGGGGGGGGGGGGGGGGGGGGGGGGGGGGGGGGGGGGGGGGGGGGGGGGGGGGGGGGGGGGGGGGGGGGGGGGGGGGGGGGGGGGGGGGGGGGGGGGGGGGGGGGGGGGGGGGGGGGGGGGGGGGGGGGGGGGGGGGGGGGGGGGGGGGGGGGGGGGGGGGGGGGGUGGGGGGGGGGGGGGGGGGGGGGGGGGGGGGGGGGGGGGGGGGUGGGGGGGGGGGGGGGGGGGGGGGGGGUGGGGGGGUGGGCCUGUGA